AUGGAAGUGUGUAAAUUAGUUGAGGGACAACGUUAUAAUCGCGCAUUGAAUGAAAGGCAAGCAGCAGAUUUCAUGAAAUUUUCCUGUAAGACAUCCCGUGUCCGUGCAAACAAAAUUAGACAACGAAAUGGCUGUAGUUCUCCAAGUUUACAUUAUCAUAUUUCUUCUCGUAAUGCUACCAUUGUUCCUCGUGACGGGAAAUGGAAUUUGAUUUACAAUAAAGUUGCUACUGGGGCCACACUUGAUUCAUGGUCAUGCGUUGCUUUUGGAAAUUUCGAAAUUGAAACCAUACUAUAUUUUAUUAGAGAAUUAGUUACUACAUUUCAGGCGCUGGAUUGA